AGUUGACCGCUGAUUGGCUAGCUCAUCAACCCCAGAGUUGUUUAUGAAACGCUCUGAGGUGAGGGUUUUUAAGUGUUCAAAUUAUGCUUUGGCCACGUAUCGGUCGAACAUUAUUUGGCUGUGCGUUAACAGAACGAGAUUUUCACUGAACAAUUACUUUAAAAUCAUUUCCCCCCCCCCCCCCCUCCAGUCUGUCCUGAUCUGAAUAACAGGUGACGGGUGUGGCUACUUCGUUUGAGUUUAGAAGGUACAGGUUCGACCAGCAGUAAGUGUUGGGAUAGUAUACAGAGCAUCUGUCAUCCAUUGUACACCACCUGUUGUAUCCAGUUUGAAAUUCUUCUCAACCCCAGAGUCGUAAGAAUGGGCAGGCCCCAGAUGUUUCCGGCUCUAUCUGCCAUCCUGUGUUUGUCCCUGCUCCUCCCAGUCCUCCACUGUAACAACAACCUGCUGUGUUACUACAGCCCUAUCAUGUACCGGAACAAGACCUUUGACCUCAUCCUGACUGAGUGCCCUCCCACGGAACUCUGCAUGACGGGCAACGGUCGCUACGGAAACCACAGCGCCCUGUCCACCCGGGGGUGCGUGGCGCCGACGGGCUGCGGUCAGGUACACCCUCUCCGACUGAAAGGAACUGUCUACACCAUGACGUAUGCGUGCUGUGACUAUAACUACUGUAACACAGGACACCGUGUUGCGGUUAAUUCGGUCCCCCUCGUGGUGGCUAUGAUGACUAUGCUGUUAACGGGGCUGUAACUCACAAGCUUUACUUUAAAAUCAUGUACUUUUUUUUUUGUUUUGUUUUUUAGAUAGGUGCUGGUUUUUAAUUAUCGGACGUGAGGAGUACUAGGGAUUUGUUGGUUGAACGGUUUACUAUCUACUGCUGCAUCCUCAGUCCAACCAAACAGAGGUAUGCAUCAACCUGGAGACAAGUUAAACAUUUUUUUUUUUUUACCAAAUACAAUGGAAGAUUAUGCCUUUGGUUCCUUUCUAUAGAGAGAAAUGUAUAUUUUUUUUAUGAUUGUGAAAUAAAUGUUUUAUACAUCAACUGGA